CUUAGGUACCUAGGUACUUUAAUCUUAGAAGGGCAAACGGAAGAAAGAAAGAAAGAAAGAAAGAAAAAAAUCUUUGAAGAGCCUCAAUAUCAACAUUUCAUUCACUUCUACAUCAAUCAUAUCACCAUCUCGAUAAAUCAUCAUCGCAUAUGCUGCCCGUGCGGUUACAGCAAUUUAGGACUCCCAACCGAUAACAUAAUCAUAACUAUAAUAACGGGCGCAGAAAAAGGAAAGGACCGUGCACUGAUUUUAUUUUUUCUCUUGCACACAUCAAUUCCUUUCUCAUUAUCGCCCAACCUAUGAAGUCAUCGAAGACGCGUUCUUGAAGUCGCGAUCCAGAAAAAGAAGGCAUUUUCCCUUUGGCAAUCUAAGCAAUCCAUGUCGGAUUAGAAAGAACGAGUUGUAUUUUGAAAAGAAAUAUUUUCUUAAAUACCACUCGCUCUAAAAUUUGAUUGCUACACCGUGUACUCUCCAAGCUCAACGUGCGAGAGCGAGGGUAUCAGCGAAUGAACGGCGUAAGUGGUUAAUACACACUCUUCGCUUCAUACAAUCCGGCAAGUCAAUUUUGACAAAAACACUACCUAUUGCCUUACUAUCGAGUCCUACGAUAGUUCCUAUGUCACAUUCCCCCUUCUCCAGAACUCAUACCACAAUACCCCCAAUCUACAUAUCACCCUUUACUCAUCAUUCAUUCCCACACCGAUCUUCAUCGCUGUGGCUUCGUGGGAAAAUAACUCAAUAGCGAUGGAUGGUGCUACUGAAGUCCCUGCCACUGAUGCCGGCUUAGGCGAACCGGGUACUCCUAGUAGCCUAGCUGGUCAAAAGCGGCCCCGCGACUAUGGUCAGGAAUUGAAGGGCUUGCCUAUGUCUGACGACGAAGGCGAGCAUCAUGACACAGCAUAUCAUGCACCGAAGAAGCAAAAGACGGUGAAUCCCAACGGUGGCAGUGACGAGGAUUUGGAUGACGGCGAGAUAGUAGAGUCGAGUCCUGGUCCUAGUCCUGCUGGCCAAGCCACUGAAGAUCAUAGUACUCAGGCUACUACUACUGAGGUAGCCACACACGAACCUUCCGAGGAUGGUGAGGUCGAUACUAGCAUGUCCGAGGUACAGGAGCCUAGCAAGACGGAUGAAACUCCUUCCGCUGAUAUAUCCAAGAGCCAGCCUGUGCAACAUUUGGGCUGGAAUCAAGGGGUUAGUUUAGGUGCUAGGACCUCAUUUGGAAAGCCGACUGCACAACUCUUUCCAAAUACGUCUACCAAAGCAGAACCAUCUCGCUAUGCUCUGACUAGGGAGCGAGAUGAAUGGGAUGAUAAUGACGAAGGUGACGAUAUCAAAGAUGACGUAAACGACGACGAUGAGGAUGAGGAAAAUUCCCCAUCGCGCCCUAGUCAGGAUAACACAACACAAGUACCCAGCGUAAAGCCAGAUGAUCCGAAUACGAAACCUGAUCCCACAUUCACCGUGGGCGAAUAUACUUGGAAGUUCCCAAACCUGCAUUUCCGAAUGAAAAAGUCUACCGAGAGAUCACCUAGCUAUUGGGAUGAUAGGCUUCCCCAGUGGAUACAGGCAUUUCUCCAGCAGAACGCUUUCAUAUCUGACCGCAUAACCGCCGAAGUUGUCCUCACAGGAUUUCGGGAACAUCUCAUCCGACCAAACGGCCCUCUUCUAAAUGCCACUAGGAAGCGUCGGAAUAUCGGCCGGGACCUCGCCGAGAAGACUCUAGCUAAGACGGAUCUAGAGUCUCUUGUUUUAAAGACUGUGUCUUCGUUCAAGGAACAAAAAGGCACCAAGGGACCAAAGGCUAAACAAUCAAAGAGCAAAAAGGCAGAAGCCAAGCCGACAGAGAGUAUAUUGAAAGAGGACAACACAACUCGGGAGCACGUUGCACCUAUUAACGGAAGUAAACCCGAACACGAGCCUCAAAAAGGUAUCAGGUUGCCAGUUACCUCCAACGGAGCGAUGCGAAUACGAGAGGUACCGGACGGCGAUGAAGAAUUGGAACAACAGCGAAGGUUCUUUCCAGAUGCAGAAGAUCCAUCCAAAUACUGUUUGUAUUGCUCUGGUGUUGGGCACCGUGCUCGUGAUUGUCCAGAGCUCACAUGCCAGUACUGUGGAAGCCAAGAACACUCUCGAUUCGGCUGCCCAUUGAAACAGCGGUGUUCCAAAUGUCGCCAGUUAGGCCACAACGGCAACACUUGUGACGAAAAGCUUGCGCUCGCGGUGGAAGAGCAAGGUGGCUGUGCUUUCUGCGGCGCCGAACACGCGGAAGAUCAAUGCUCCGAAAGAUGGAGGUCAUUUAAGCUGGUCGCCGAGCUUCAUAAAAAGGUGAAAGACAUUCCAAUCUUCUGUUACACCUGCGGUGCUAGUGGUCACUAUGGUCCAGAAUGUGGAUUACCAGAUAGAGGUGGCAAGGUGACUGGUUGGUCCACUUGGUCACAGGCGAAUCGUCUCCGUUAUGUAGACGAAAACAGCCAAGAUAUCGCCGUCGCCUGGGUAGGCGUGGAGCCUUCCCAAUCAAGUCAUACUGAUUUCCACAUUCUCGGAAGGGCAAAGAGGCAGACCCAUACUCAUUUCGUCUCAGACGACGAUUCGGAGGAGGAUCUAGUCCAUGCACCUGUUUCACGGCCUGCGCCCCGUGGCGAGAUAAGGAUAUCGAGUAAUAUCGGAUCCGUCGGGCAAGGAAGCACCAAUACUAGGAAACCCCGUCACAGGAAAAGUCGUCCUCCGACUUCGUCUGGAAUUGUCCAAGGGAACAACUCAUCGUUUCAACCACCCCUUCCGCCUGGUCCUCCUCCGCCCCGUUCAGCUCGGCGUGAGAGGUCUUUAGCACCUCCGCCACCGGCUUCCCUGCCCCCGCGUCCUCAAACCUUCAAUUUCUCUGCUGGAGAUAGCACGGGUGAUAGAUCUGGUCAGGACAGUCAAGGUAGCCGCGGCGGUCGCGGUCGAGGUGGUCGAGGUCGAGGGGGUCAUGGAAGAGGUCGCGGAAACGGAAGGGGCCGUGGAAGAGGUUCGUAGGGGAACCAACCAGCUCCUCCACCAUAUUUAGUCGGCUCAUACAUGCCAGCCGCCUGGCGAGGUUGACUGCCCUCGAUAUUUUAGGCUGGGCCAACAGAGAAUUCCCCAAAUAUCCAAUAAGCCUGGGCACUCUCGAAACCGACCCUCGUAUGUAAAUCGCCGUGUUAUAUGAUUGCGCCCCUCUUGAAGGCGCUUGAGUACCUAUUGAUUGAGCAUUAUUGGCGCUAUGUUACAUCACCUGACACCUUUGCGGGCAGUGUCAACCCGCCAGGGAUUCAUUCAGAUAAACCCCAAUACCAUUUGCAUUUCUCUAUUCCCAU